CUUCCGCCUUAAAAAAUCAACUAGCUAGUAUAGCUUCCGACACCCGUGGGUCACCAGCCCAGCCCAUUCAUACUUGAACGAUUUGAAAGAUUUUAGUUCCUCGUCGGAUCGAGUCAUAGGUCGUGGACCAUGACGCUGUUUCACUUUGGGAAUUGUUUUGCUUUGGCAUAUUUCCCAUAUUUCAUUACCUACAAGUGUAGCGGGUUGUCUGAAUACAAUGCUUUUUGGAGAUGUGUCCAAGCAGGUGCAACUUACCUUUUCGUACAGCUUUGCAAAAUGCUGUUUCUUGCCACAUUUUUCCCUACAUGGGAAGGAGGGGCAGGGGUUUACGACUUUGUCGGGGAGUUCAUGAAGGCUACUGUUGAUCUGGCGGACCUGCUGGGACUGCACCUGGUCAUGUCAAGGAACGCAGGGAAGGGCGAGUACAAGAUCAUGGUGGCCGCCAUGGGCUGGGCCACUGCAGAGCUCGUCAUGUCCAGGUGUAUUCCAUUAUGGGUGGGAGCAAGAGGAAUUGAAUUUGACUGGAAAUACAUCCAAAUGAGCUUUGACUCUAACAUUAGUUUGAUACACUACAUUGCCAUGGCAGCAGUGGUGUGGAUGUUUACGCGGUAUGAUUUGCCAAAGAGCUUCCGCCUGCCCGUGACUGUGCUGCUGGGACUCUGUGUGUACAAGGCCUUUCUGAUGGAGCUGUUUGUGCACGUCUUCCUGCUGGGCAGCUGGACGGCUCUGCUGGUGAAGGCGGUGCUGACCGGUGCCAUCUCCCUCUGCUCACUCCUCCUCUUCGUCACGCUGGUCCACAGCAACUGAGGCGGUCCAUCGUUCACAAGCCCCAUAUGUUUCUCGGCUGCCGCAUUGAGCUCUAUCUGGCCUGGGAGGUUGUCAUGGCGAUGCGUUUUUGUUACGGGUUUUGGAGGUCUUGGUGUGGGGGACUCUGUGAAUAUUUUGUAACUUAACUAAAGUAGCUGUGAUGUGAUGUUGCCAUUUACAGUAGGUGGCAUAAUAGUUGUGAUUCAGAUGUGCUGGAGUCAACAGAUUUUGAGAGCAAAGGAGGGAAAAAAAUGACCCAUAAGGCCUUGGUCUCUCACCACAUUGGACUGUUUAGAGGUGUGUUACUUUUACCAUUGUAUCAUGCAUACAUUCUCUGUGAUAAAAUGACUUGGCCAGCUAGUCCCAGUCUUCUCAAGAGGCGCUCUGGUUGAGUGUUUCACCAGAACACAUUCCAGAAGCAGUGAGAUCAGCUCACUGGUGCUGCUGGGAUGUGAAAAAUGUGUAGGCUAUUUGGUUUGGCCACAUCUGGGCUUUUAUGUAACUUGUUCUCCACGGUCUCCAGGGAUUUGAAGGCUGCUCCACACAUCUGUCCAUCCAAGAUGCUGUUGGGCCCUUGUCAACUGAAAAAGUGUUUGAAUUGUAUAAGAUUUUUUUUAUUUGUUUCGUUUCAUUUGUAAGUGGCCGCACAACUAACAUUUGAAUAAUAAAAUAACUUUUUCGAGAGAACUGAA